GGAAAAGAGACACGAUGAUGAAGCUGCAAGGAGGACUUCUCCGAUUGAGCUUAAUAAUCCCGUCGGCAAUCAAAACACCGCGUAAUCUCUCCAUCUCCGCCUGCGUCGUGGAGCGUAACCACCAGCUAACCGCGAGGGAGAGGCGGCAGCUCCGUAAUGAACGUCGAGAGAGCAAAUCGGGUUACAGCUGGAGAGAAGAAGUUGAGGAGCGUCUGAUCAAGAAACCUAAGAAACGUUACGCGUCGUGGACGGAGGAGCUGAAUUUGGAUACUUUGGCUGAGUCUGGUCAGCAAUGGUGGGUGGUUAGAGUCUCGAGAGUGAGGGGUCACGAGACUGCUCAGGUCUUGGCUCGUGCUCUCGCUCGUCAGUUCCCUGAGAUGGAAUUCAAUGUUUAUGCUCCGGCUGUUCAGGUGAAGAGGAAGUUGAAGAAUGGGUCUAUAUCUGUAAAACCGAGACCUGUGUUCCCGGGUUGUAUUUUUAUUAGGUGUGUAUUGAACAAAGAGAUUCAUGAUGCUAUAAGAGAAGUUGAAGGUGUUGGAGGCUUUAUAGGGUCAAAAGUUGGAAACACCAAGAGACAGAUUAAUAAACCGAGACCGGUGGAUGAUAGUGACUUGGAAGCUAUAUUCAAACAAGCGAAAGAAGAGCAAGAGAAAGCAGACAUUGAGUUUGAUGAGGGAGAACGAGCUGAGGAAGAAGCGAGUUUAGCAUUGCAGAAAGCUCUUGCGUCUAAUUCAGAUGGUACUGAGAUUGUAGAAUCUCUAGCAGAAGCUAAACCGAAAACAGCUCCGAAGAAAGCUGCUCCGAAGAAGAAGAAACUUGCGGCUGGUUCUACAGUUCGAGUUCUAUCAGGGACAUUUGCUGAAUUCGUUGGCAACCUAAAGAAACUGAACCGCAAAACUGCAAAGGCAACAGUGGGUUUUACUUUGUUUGGGAAGGAGACACUAGUGGAGAUUGACAUCAGUGAACUUGUUCCUGAGAUUCAGUCUUAAACAUUGUUCACAACAUGUAAGUUUUUUGGUUAGACAAAAAUUGAAUAUUGCUCGGACAUAUUUGGUUAGUGACGUAUUGUAUCUUCAUUAGAGAAAAAAAUAAGUCAAAAACAAAAAAAAUGUGGGAAGACCAUAAACAAACAUCUUGCUGUUUAUAAUUCUGGCCAACUUCUCCCGAACUGUGUCCC